CUCUCACCGCGUCCCCAAACAAACGUCAGUCGGAGCAGCUGUUUUUUGUUUCGGCCCCAGCAGAGACAGUAAAAGCAGCGCAGGAGUCGACCUCUCGACAUGCGAUGGUGAAGCUGUCAGACGGACUAGCGUCCCCUGAACCAGACCCAUCACUCAGCAACACUGGGACCUUCUGGCCAAUGUGAGCACAUCAUGGUGGACGUAACCAAAUGGCCCAUUUUCAGCCUGAUGGGGCCGGAGGAGCUCUCAUCUAUAAGGAAGGUCUGCGUGUUUGGCUCGUCUGCUAAUGAGGCCAUCUACAUCACCAAUGACGAUGAGAUCUUUGUUUUUGGCCUGAACUGCAGUAACUGCCUGGGACUGGGGGACAGCCAGAGCAGCAUCAUCCCAAAGAAGCUGGACUUUCUGAGCGGCAGGAAGGUGGUGAGCCUGAGCUACGGGAGUGGACCCCACAUCCUGCUGGCUACAGAUGAAGGAGAGCUCUUUGCAUGGGGGCACAACGGCUACAGCCAGCUUGGAAAUGGGACGACCAAUGUAGGAGUAGCUCCAGUGGUCGUAUCUGCCAAUCUACUCAACAAGAAGGUCACCGAGGUGGCUUGUGGCUCCCACCACUCCAUGGCUCUGACUGACUCAGGAGAAGUGUACGCGUGGGGCUACAACAACUGUGGUCAGGUGGGCUCCGGCUCCACAGCAAACCAGCCUAUGCCUCGCAGAGUGUCCAUCUGCCUGCAGAACAAGGUGGCGGUCGGCAUCGUCUGUGGUCAGACCUCAUCUCUGGCCUUAGUGGACAACGGAGAGGUGUAUGGGUGGGGCUACAACGGGAACGGGCAACUUGGACUCGGAAAUAACGGGAACCAGCUCACUCCCUGUCGGCUUGUAGGUCUGCAAGGUGUAUGUGUGCAACAGAUCGUCUCCGGCUACGCCCACUCCCUGGCGCUGACAGACGAGGGACUACUGUACGCUUGGGGUGCAAACACUUAUGGACAGCUGGGCACAGGGAACAAGAGCAACCAGCUGAGCCCGCUUCAGAUCCUGACGGAGAAGGAGAGAAUCGUGGAGGUCGCCGCCUGCCACUCAACGCACACAUCAGCCGCUAAAUCCCAGAGUGGUCAGGUGUACAUGUGGGGCCAGUGCCGGGGCCAGUCCAUCAUGCUGCCUCACCUCACCCACUUCUCUUGCACAGACGACGUCUUUGCGUGCUUCGCCACGCCCUCCGUAAUGUGGCGGCCUCUCUCCAUGGAGCACGAUGACUUCCUAACUGUGGCUCAGGCUCUUAAGAGGGAGUUUGAUAACCCAGAGACAGCCGACCUGAAGUUCUGCGUUGACGGCAAAUACAUCUAUGUCCACAAAGCAGUGCUUAAAAUCCGGUGUGAACACUUCCGAUCAAUGUUCCAGUCCCACUGGAACGAAGACAUGAAGGAGGUGAUAGAGGUGGACCAGUUCUCCUACCCCGUCUACCACUCCUUCCUCGAGUUCCUCUACACAGACAACGUGGAGCUGCCUCCUGAAGAUGCCAUUGGGCUGCUGGAUCUGGCCACAUCUUACUGCGAGGACCGCCUCAAACGUCUGUGUCAACACAUCAUCAAGAGGGGGAUCACGGUGGAGAACUCCUUCUCUCUGCUGUCUGCCGCUGUGCGCUACGAUGCUGAGGACCUGGAGGAGUUCUGCUUCAAGUUCUGUGUGAACCACCUGACUGAGGUGACCCAAACAGCUGCUUUCUGGCAGAUCGAUGGCAAUCUGCUUAAAGAUUUCAUAUGUCGAGCAAGUUGUUGUGGAGCCUUCAAAAACUAAACCUGGACUGCAGGAAGUGAUGGAAAACACAUGCAGAGAGACCCCAGAGGAGCUUUCUUGGACACCUUCAAAUCCAGUCAGAGAAUGUUUGCGCAGUGGGAAACUUCACUUUCUAGCCAUCUGUGUCAGCUUUGGGUUUGAUCCCAGUCUGGACAUGAGUGUGCAUAAACUAUAUUUUCACACUGGGAACAGCAGCUGGUUUCCCAUAGUGCCUUGCUUUAUAAUUUACAUAUAUUGUGUAAGGCAUGAGUUAGGAGUGUUAUUGCUUUUAUCGUUUCAGUUUAACUGAAGACUCUGAAAUUAACUAAAGUAGCUGGUUUUGUUUUCAUUUUAGUGAAUUAUUAAGAUUUGCCCUUAUUUUAUAUGACUGUGCUGCUCUUGGUUAGAGGGACUUAUGAUUUGGUUGCGCUGCCAAUUUUGUAAGGUAUGCAGGUUGAAGCUCUUUGUACUUGGAGAUAAUCGGAUAUGAGAAAAAAACAGACUGAAAACUCAGAUCAUGAAUGUUGCAGCAUUCAUCGAUGUAGGUCAAACUCCCUGUAUGAGCUAUUAGUGCCUUUCAGUCUGUGGUAAAAUGAUCCAAAGGAACCGGAGUUAUAGGCUGGUCUCAGAACAGUCGCGUUCAGGAUUAGAUUGUGGACUUUUAUUGCUUUGUUUCAUUAAGGUGUGUUUUUUUUUCUCCGUAGUGUUAAAUAAUCAUGUUUGUGUUGUUUUACCAAACAGUUUAGGCUGUGGUGAUGGUCAGUGAAACUGUUUAUUGGUGGAUACAAGGUCAAAUCUGCGACGUAUGCUGACGAUUACAUUUAACAGUAUUACAAUUUCUAGUUUUUUGGAGUAUUAUGAAGUAUUUUACUAAUUUCUAUGCAGGACAUUGCAAAUCAACAAUUAUCUCUGUAUUGAUGCUGAAUAAUAUGUGCCAGUGAAACCUGACCUCUGAAAUCGGAUGAAUAAAUAUUUCUAUUUUCUUCAA